AUGGUGGCGGUGCUUCGCAGUGACGUGGUGAGGCACAGGGCCGUGGUCGUGGGGACAGACAGCGGCGGUUGGGAGUCGGGUUGCAACAAGUCUGUGACGCCGGUCCACAAGCAGAGCUGGAUCGAGAAGCUGUUGGAGGAGCUGAGCCUCCACUGUGGGCCUGUGGCCUCCACACCCCUGGGGGUGUCUGAGAUGCACCUCCACAGCUUUCUAGCAAAUACCCGCACCUUCCACACGGUCGGUGGCGGUGCAGCACGGCUGACGUAUCAACUCCUAGAGGAGGGGGCCGAUGUGAGGCCCAUUGAAGGCAACAUGUACACGGAAGCUGCACUGCUCGGGGACUUCGUGGUGGAUGACAUUAAGGUGCUGGUCGGCAGCUUCCCAGGGCUCUUCGGCACCGAGCUGGGUGACAAGCUGAGGAGCUUCUGCCUGCGCCAUGGUGUGCCCCUUGCCUGGGGACUGGGUAACAGCCGACCCUGGCCAGUGGAAGAGAAGCAGCUAUUGGACUGGCUACCCCUGGAGCCUUUCGAAUACUGGCAUGGAGCCGGUGUUCGGCUUCUGGACUCACUGCGAGAGAGCUUUAGGCUAUCGGGUAUUGGCUUUUAG